GAAUCGUAGGGCUCAGAGUAGGAGCCCUGUUUCAACUCCUAUUACUCCUUUAAACCUCGAUGAGGAAGGAACUUCAAAACAAGGGAGUGGAAACAGUCAAUGGAACAAAGAAUCAAUGUGAAUGAGGAGAAGAAAUCAGAAGUAAACGAACCAACCCAACAGGCCCCUGGUGUUUCUUGCUCCAACCCAGCUCCUCAGUGUAUGGAUAAACUUAGAGAAGAGCUUUCUUGUACAAUUUUUUUGGAGAUCUGUUUUGAACCAAGUACCACUCUUUCGGGACACAGUUUCUGUAAGAAAUGUUUGAGAUUAGCCGCAGAUAAAUGUGGGAAGAAAUGCCCAAAGUGUAGGCAGCUAAUAAGCAAUGGAAGAUCUUGCAAUGUGGACACGGUUCUUUGGAAUACAAUACAGCUUUUGUUUCCCCAAGAGGUUGAAGCAAGGAAGGCUGCUGGAGCCUUAAAUGGCAGGAAAGUUAGCGUCAAAGUCCAAAGAGUGGAACUCGUAGUACCAGAAGAACUCCAAGUACUAGACCUCCAAUGGUCUCUACCAGUACUAGAGAUGCAAGUAUGAGGAAAAGAGGAGUGAUGAGCCAAGAUUAUGAUGCUGCAUUGGCUUUAAGGCUGCAAAGAGAGGAUCUUUCACUGUUAGUAAGCACGGAUGCAAGCAUCCGGAAGAAGAGAAACGCCAAGCCAAGAUGAGGAUGCUGCAUUAGCUUUAAGGUUGCAAAGAGAAGCAUUCAUGGAGUCUUUUAGAGGGGCUCAUCAGCAAUCAAGAACCCCUCUUUCCUUAGCUAGAGCAAAUUUGAGAGCAAUGGCAUCUGGAGCCAUUAACAUUCGCACCAGAGCCCGGCCAGUAUAUCCUUUCAAAGCUUCUUGAUUUUUGUUCUUAACCAAUGCCACCAACACAAAUAAUCAUGUCAAUUGUUACAAGUUACAACACAAAAGGUUGUAACCUUUGUAGUCCACUAGUUCUGAGUUCUUUGUAAACAACCUAUGUAUGUUCCCUGCAACUCGUUUUCUGGUUAAUUGGGUCUCCCCUUUUUGGCUACAGUACCUACUGUUUCAUAA